UCUUAAAGUUUGCCAAACAAUUUGUUUUAAUCAAAUAGCAGCGCGGCUAUUUGGGCCGCGUACAUCUAUUUUACAAUAAUAAAAUGUGAAAAAAAAAUUUAUAAAAUUUAAUGAAUAAAUAUUUUGAACUUUUAUGAAAAAUAUUAUUCAAAAGUUGAUAUACAUCAGAAGACAUCUCUAGUCAUAGAUUUAAGUUAUUUAUAAUAUUUAUUAAAAAAUCCUCGCAAUGUCAAUGAGUUCACUUGCCAUUAGCACCGGCUUUAUGGUCGGUUGCUGUAUUGCCGCAGAAAUUGCACGACGGAUAGCAAAACGCAUGCUUAACGAAGAUGGUAUCGUACCGAUACUUAUAAAUGAGGCUAUAGCAGCUGCUGAGCUCUGUGCAUGCUGUUUCGAACUUAUCAUUGUCGCUGACAACUUCGGUGUAGCUGCCUAUGCUAUAUUUUUAUUUUUACUUACGGUUUGGUGGGGUAAAGUUUGGGGUGAUGCUUCCGCUUGCCCUUACACACAUAUGGAAGAUAUGGUCGAAGGGCGCACUUCUAUAAAAGAAGUCGCACUACGUACUUGGGCUGAGCUUAUGGGAGGCUGUUGUGUUUAUCGAAUCGUUCAGGUUUUUUGGUGGUUUGAGUUUGCAGAAACUCAUGCAGGCAGAGCAUUUGAAGAAUGUAAUGCAGAUUUGCAGGUUAGUCCAUAUGUUGGCGCAGUCAUAGAAGGAAUAGCUACACUACUCUGUCGUCUAGCAUCGAAAACAAUAAGUGAAAGAGAACCAAAAUUCGGUAGUAUAAUUGAUUCAUUUAUUGGUACCAGUUUAGUCGUUGCAGUUUACGCGUUUAAUUACAUGUUGGUUUCAGCGUUUAACUAUUCCGGUGGCUAUUUCAAUCCUGUAUUGGCGACUGCACUUAAAUGGGGCUGCAGAGGACACACGAAUCUGGAACACAUUAUUGUUUACUGGAUAGGUGCAUGUACUGGAGCAAUACUCUCUGUCGUUGUAUUUCGGUUGCCAGCUGUAAGAAAAAUUCUUCUAGGUGAUGAACUCAAAGAUAAAAAGGAAUAAAUGAUAUAUAUACAUCUGAAACGAUUAUAUGGAAGUCAAAAUAAAAAUAUAUUUAAAAAACAC